AUGGGUAAAAUAUUCAUCUCUGAGGUGGCAACGGUGAUGUCACCUUCAGUUGGGACAGAGGUGAGUGAAACAUGGGUAGAGGAGCGUGAGUCGGCCGGAUCGUCAGUAGCCACUAAACAUGCAACCAUGAACACCUCGAUCGCGUUCAUUGCCUAUGAUAUACAGAUAGAUAGUACAUCGGCUUCGCCGCAAGAGAAAAGUUAUCAACCAGUACAAGAGCGGCAGCCUUGA